GAUUGAAAACACCUAGUUAUAUACUUUCAUUCUCAAAGAAAAGUUUUUUUUCUGUGGAUAUUACGAGUAAAAUAUAAAACAAUCAACUAUUUAUUGUGAACAACAGGAUAACGUACAAUAUAUGUUUUUUAAUACCACACGCUAAGAAGAAAACUUAAUUUAGCGCAAGAAGAAAGGUUAAAGUAAAGAAGACCACAACCAACCCCCUACUUGGUAAACAACACUUUUCUUAACACACCGUCAAGCGACCGAUCCAAGAUGCUAAUAAAUAAUACAGAAGCAUUAAAAAGUUGGCUGGUAGUAAUUCUUGAACCACUAUGUGAUGCUGACUCUUCUGCUUUAGCACGUUAUGUGUUGGCUCUACUGAAAAAGGAUAAGCCAGAAAAAGAGCUUAAACGGGUUAUGAUUGAACAAUUGGAUGUAUUUUUGGCUGAAGAAACUAAGCCUUUUGUGGAGCGCCUUUUUGAGGCCAUAAAUAGUGAAGAAUAUCUGAAAACACCCCCGCCAACUGCCAAUCUAAAGUCAGCGACGGACAAUGAAGACGAGGAGACCUCCACCACAGCUGAAAAAUCUGCCAUACCUUCUUUAGCUGCCAGCGAAACUUCCUCGUUAUCAACGCUGCCGACGUCAUCAACAUUAAAUAUUACAAAUGUGAUAAAACAAAAUGAAAGCGAAACAAUCACUAGUGUUACCGCCAAAAUAGCUGAUAGUUCUGCUCCAGCCACCUCAUAUACCGCAGAAAGAAUUAAUACACCACCUAUUGAAGAAAGUAAAACCAAAGACAUCCACAAUGCGACGGAACGUACCUCAGCACCAUCGACAUCGUCAUCAACUCACUCCCACUAUCAGUCGUCAUCGUCCUCCCAUUAUCAUCAGCAGCAACAGCCACAGCAUUCUAGUGGACAUCAUCAUCAUAACUCAUCGUCAUCCAAUCGUAAUGACAUACAUACAUACGGUGGUACAGGUGGUAGUGGCACUGCAGGUGGCAGUACAUUAAAUUUUAAUAAUGAUCGUCAUCAUCAUCAUCAUCGAAGUGCCAGCCCUCCAGCCGCUCGUCUAAAUCCUGCCGACAAAGAAAAUCAACCUCGAGAAAGUCGCAGAAGGCGAGCUUCACUUCGUUCUCGUUCAAGGUCACGUUCGCGUUCAAGGUCAAAUGAACGUUUUUCCAGACGCUCAAGAUCCCGCGAUCGUCGUAUGAAUGAUCGGGAGAAAGCCCAAAGACAAUUCCGUAAUAAAUCACCGCCUAGUGGAGAUAAUCGACAUGACCGUCGACGUGGCGGAGGUAACGACAGACGUCGCAUGAUGAUGAACAACAUGGGUGUAGGGGGUGGAAUGGGAGUUGGAGCUGUUGAUGAUCGUUCGCCGCGAUUUGGCGGAGAUCGUCGCAGCAGCGGUGGUGGCAUGAAUGAAGGUAGUAGUGGUAUUGGCAGACGCUCUAUAAAUCACUCAUCAAACUCACCGCGGAGUCGUUCGCCUUCGCUGGAACGAAGCGGCAGAAGUGGAAAGCAAUCUCCAACUUUGGGACGUUCUCAAAUUCGUAGUGGUAAUGGUAACGGUAACGGCAGUGGUGUUGGCCCUACGUCACCAGAGCUGCGUCACCAUCAUGAUGGUGAAAAAAGACAGAGGUGUCGUGACUUUGAUGAAAAGGGCUAUUGCGUAAGAGGAGAGACGUGCCCAUGGGAUCAUGGUGUUAAUCCUGUAGUUUUCGAAGGUUUGAACAAUUCGGCAUUGAUAAGCAUGUCAUUGCGUGAAUAUAAUCCAGAUGCACCAGAUCUUUGGUCUCGUUCUACACCAGCUGCCGGUGCUAUAGUAAGCGGUGGCACACCUGGAACCAUGAUGAGCGGCUCGACCGCUGCCGGAAUAAACCCAUUUACUGGUGCUGCUCGUCCUGGUGCAGUAUUAAUGAGCGGUCCAUCUGGUCCUGUUGGUUUUCCCCAUGUGCCUGGCACAGACAAAAAUAGCAAUGGUGCGAGCUCACUGACAGCUGCAGAAUAUGCUCGUACUGCUGCUGCCGCCGCAGCUGCUGGAGCCGGUUUCCGAGCAGCUACACCAAUGAUGCCCUUUCCGUUUAAUCCUGCCGCAGUCACUACACCUUUGCAGCGUGAACUUAUCCCUAUUCCCGUAGUAGAUGCGAGUGGAGGCGUUUCAGUUACAGCUGCAGCAGGUGGUGAUGUGAGCGCUGCAUUACAAGCUCAAAGCAAAAGGCGGUUCGAACUUGAAGACUCUGUUGCCAUAGCCGAUGGCCCUACAAAACGCAAAAUACCAGCUCACAGCCGGCUGGGUCCGCGGGUGCCAAGUUUGCAAAAUUGUUCCCUUGAGUUGCGAAAAAUUCCGCGUGGUUUAAACACAAUUGCUCAUCUCAACAAUCACUUUGCUAAAUUUGGUAAAAUUGUUAAUAUUCAAAUUUCCUAUGAUGGUGAUCCAGAAGCCGCUAUUAUUACAUUUUCCACACAUGCAGAGGCAAAUGUUGCAUACCGGAGUACUGAAGCUGUACUAAACAAUCGCUUCAUUAAAGUCUUUUGGCAUACUUCCGAUUCCACAACGGCUGGCGAUGUGAAUACAAUGGUAACACAACAGCAAGGAGUACGCAAAAAUAGUCAAUACCACUUGAACAAUAUACCAGCAGUACCUACACCAACAGCUGAUUCAGCAAAAAUUGCAAACACUAGUCAACCGCAAUCCCAAGCCGGAACAAAUUCCAUUACCAGCACAACACAAGACACCACAACGACUACGAAUACAAACUCUGCAUCUACAACUACUCCAACCACAACAGUGGCAGCUAGCCACGUGCCUCCACCUUCAUUACGCUUGAAGAAUAACAUACCACCAAGGACUCCAACAGCAGCUGUAAAUAAUGCCAUGUUCCGUAAAAAACAGGAAGAACAGGUGAAGGCCGUUGCACAAUUGGCAAACGGUUUGCGCAAACGCAAACAAGAACUACUGCAAAGCUACGUGAAGCAAAUGAAGUCUGCUUUGGAAAUCGUUGAGCGCUGCGAACCUAGUGACCCACAAAGAGCCAAAACACUAGAAACCAUUAAAGUGCUUCAAGAAACCAUUGAUAAGCUACGCAAGGAAAUUGCAGCCGAACAGGAACAAAUACAGGCACAAAUACAAAAUCAGCAACCUCCAACUCCAAUUAAGAAAUCCAAGGAGCAACAGAAGAAAGAACUUCUCGACAUUGAACUGGAAUUAUUUGCCCAACAACAAGAGGGCAAUGACACCACUGCCAUACAAAAGCGUUUAGAAGAAUUGCAACGCAGCAUAGGCAUAGUACCAGGAACAGCUGCAAGUGUUGUCAUCGGUGGAUCUCCAGGAAUCGGGAAGUCACCGCACUAUAUACCAGGUGGUCGACCACCUCCCAGAGGUAGAGCCUCCUACCCUGAAGGGUCUACACGCGUUGAUCGUCGACCUAAAACAAUUGUUGUCACAGGUUUUACAAGUGAAGAAGCUGAUUUUGUGCUCGGUCAUUUUAAGCAUUUUGGUGAGAUUACAAAACACGAUAUGGAUUUGGAAAAGCCUCAGUUAAUACUGUCUUACGCUACUCGAAACAAUGCCGAACAAGCUGUAUUGCGUGGAAAAGUCUUCAAAGAUACUCGCCUGCAAAUUUCUUGGGCCCCAGUGGUUACCACGCCCUCAAUAGCCCCUACUGCGGGAAAUAAAAACAUCACAAGCCAACAUAAUGACGUCAAAACCAGUGGUACGGAUGCAAACAAAAAUCAGCCUCAGGAGGCAACCACCGCUAUUUCAUCGCCUAAUCCCAGCCAAACAAAUAGUGAAACAGAUGCUAAUAAUACCGACACAUUACCCGAACUGAGACUCGAAGAUGAAGAGGAAGAUGAGGAAUCCGAAGAUCGUUCUUGGCGUCGUUGAUUUUCGUACGAAAUAAAGUGGCGGUAUUCACAAUCUCAUCAACAAAGCAGCAGCCAUACCAACCGUAAUAAUCAGAGUCUGAGAUGUAGAGUCUAAUCCUAUACAUAAAUUUAGAAGCAAUCCGUUUUGUUGGAGAUGUGCUCGUAUUUGUUUUGGGCAGAAUGGCACCACUGAAAGUCUACGCCAUAGAACGGAUGGUGAAGCUAGUGAGAAGUGUGAGAGUUGAUUAUUGUUGUUAUUUAAUAGCACAUAUUUUGUAGUCGAAUAAGAACUUUUUGUAUACUAGAUGAAAAUAAGAGGGAAAACAUCCUUAAUUAAUAUUUAAUCCUAAGCAAAAUGAAGAGGAUUUUAUCUUCUGAUAUGAGAACACAAAUGAUAAAAACGAGCAAAAACAUCUAAUUCGCUUGUUCUCUGGUAAAGCCCUGUAAUGAAAAACGAAACAUUUUUCUACGAAAAAUUCUAUGUGAAUGAUAAUUUUAAACUAAAAAUUUAGAAAAAAAUCAACGUGAAUAUUGAAAAAUUUUCAAAUUUCUUGCAAACUUGUACAGUUACUACAAAAAAUAGCGAAAAUAAUAGUGUUAAGCAUAAAGCCAGCCUAUUUAUUUUUCAAAAAAACAUCGGAUCAUGUAAUGAUACUCAAACAUUCUGGUGUAUUCUGCGAUUCACUUUUCCGCCAAAUCAAUUUGUUAUUAUCACGCAAAGUCUGGUUUAACUAAGAAAUUUCAUGAUGAAAAUUUGGGAAUUUUUGAAACAGGGGAAAAGUGAAACCCAGAACACAGGAUUAUAGUUUGAUGUAUAAACAAAUUCCUUCAUUCAAUUGCUAGGGUUAGAAACCUGUUUUUUGUUUUUUUUCUCAAUAUUCUUCCUAUACAAAUUAUUUGUAUUCUCUAUUUCAUGCUAUUUUUUUUUUCUUUUAAGAUUUUAAACAAGUUGUUUAGUUACACACCGUUUUUAUGUUGAAUUAUUUUACAAAUUUUAUAUUAAUUGAAUAUAUUUUAUUAAUAAUACAACUACAAUACUAAUAAUUAUAAUUAUACAGAUAUGAAAAAAACCUAAGUAAUUUUUUCUUAAAAUGAGAAAAAUACCAUAAAAAAAGAAAAGAAAGAGAAAAAUGAAAAAGAAAAAGUAAUCUAAAUAAAAUACCAACAUCAAAAACAGAAGUAUAUAUGAAGGGAAUAAAAAAAGAUAUAUAUCACUCUAACAUUGAGUAAAAUCUGAACUUGAUAAAUAAAUGAAUCUAUAUAGAUUAUUUGCUAUUACAUUUCUCAUAAA